GAGAACUCUCCAGAAUCCACUUCCUCCUCCGCUUCCAACAUCACCUUUCCCUUUCUCUAUAAAGUCUUCCCUCGCCGCGGCGACAAGGACCCAAGAAACACAGCAACCGAUCAUCAGAAGCUCGCACAAAUCGCUCAAGCUUUCGUUCCCAACUCACCAACGUUCGAUUCCCCCAAGCAAUCGGCCAUGUCGCUGAUCCGCCGCAGUAACGUGUUCGACCCCUUCUCCCUCGACCUCUGGGACCCCUUCGAGGGCUUCCCCUUCGGCUCCGGCAGCCGCAGCAGCCUCUUCCCCUCCUUCCCGCGCACCAGCUCCGAGACCGCGGCCUUCGCCAGCGCGCGGAUCGACUGGAAGGAGACCCCCGAGGCGCACGUGUUCAAGGCGGACGUCCCGGGGCUGAAGAAGGAGGAGGUGAAGGUGGAGGUUGAGGAUGGCAACAUCCUCCAGAUCAGCGGUGAGCGCAACAAGGAGCAGGAGGAGAAGACGGACACCUGGCACCGCGUGGAGCGCAGCAGCGGCAAGUUCCUGCGCCGGUUCCGGCUGCCGGAGAACGCCAAGUCCGAGCAGGUUAGGGCGUCCAUGGAGAACGGCGUGCUCACCGUCACCGUGCCCAAGCAGGAGGUCAAGGAGCCCGAGGUGAAGUCCAUCCAGAUCUCCGGCUAGACAUCGGUCCUGUGACGUCUUCGUGCCUGCGUGAUGGAGCGGAGGAAAGUGGAGUUCGCCUGGGUCGUUUUGUGAAAUAAAAUCGGGGUCGACUGUGUGUGUGUCACUGGUGUCAGUGUGGUAAUCUUGCGGAGUGUCGGGUGUGCGUGAUGGUGGCAUGUGGUCGGGAACUUGCGUCUCCUGGGUCUCUAUGGUGGUGUCGAGUCAAGGUUUUGUUUAUCAGAGUCGGUGUGGUACCUGUAUCUAAUGAACUUCCUCUUUAUCUAGUGAACUUCAAUUUGGUGUCGUAA